UACCAUCUUAGUCUGUUGAAUUGCCAUCGGGGGCACAAUUUGUUGCAAAGCCUCUGCAGACACUGUGUUCCAAAAGGGGCGUCUCUGUUCACACCAGUCAUUUUAAAAGUCCUCCGUAUAGUGUUUAAAACGCUAACUAAACACCCCUUCAUUCAACUGAAACGUUUACACUAGAACACAUUGUUUUCACUGAAUAAUUUCUUUGUUUACAUCAUUUGGCCACUGCUGUUGUAGCGAGAUUUUAACGUCAUUCGAGUUUAUUAUUCGAAUAACUAGUUCACUACAAAAUUAUUUACACUGUACUAUUUAACAACAUAAUCUUAAUAAAAUAAAUAACACGUGUAAUAAUAAUUUUUCGAAUAAAUUCGAUUCGCAAAUAUUCGACACGUCUGCGCUCCGCCGCUGCUGUCGACAUAGGCAAAUGUCAAUGUCAACGUGACGUUACGUUUCGUAACAACGCGUUCAUAAUAUAACGUUUUGUUAUUUUAACAUUGUAACAUAACAUGGAAAGUGAAAGUAUUUUAUAAAAAAACUAACAAAAGAAAAAGUAUCGUGAUCUUCUUUGACCUUUCACAUUAAUGUUAUGAUUCAGCGAUUGUGCAAUUAACAGUAGAUGUAGGUAUAUUUACGUAAUGAAAUAGUGUUGUAUAGGUAUCUAUACAAUUUAAUUUUAAUAGGAAUCUACAAUAUUACAAUUCUCAUAAACACGUGAAUAGGUAAUUAUUGAAUUAAUUUAUUACGCGUGAAAUUAGAGAGCUGCUGGGUUAAUUAUAUUGUAAAAUAACAUUACUAAUAGUUCCCUGUUCUUUCGUUAGCUGCUUCCUAGUUGACGGGAUCUUGGCUGAUCGUCGUCAUGUACUGUUUAUUUCUGGUGUUGACCAUUAUCGUCGCGUCAUGGAAAACGGCGAGCGGUACCCUGGAGCUACGACCAGCCGGCUGGUUGGACCGGCUGGUGUUACACCAUAGACAGAAACUGCUACGGGAUAUGCGGGACCAAGCACCCGUGGAGAUCAAAGCCAGCCUUCACCCUCGUCCUGAGGACUACGUGGAUUCGCCUUUGUGGGACUUCCAUUCGGUGCUGCACCUCAUGACUCUGGUGCGAUACAGUCCAAGCGCGGGCCCCGUGCGAGCGGCGCUGCGGCGCGCCCUGGGACCCGCCACGAGGCGGUUCAUGAGCAAGGCGCAGAGCUACAAACACUUCCCGAGUCUGGCCAAGGAAUCGCUGAACUACUUCUACUACAACGUGUUCUCCGAGGAGAUGAAGGUUGACAGCGGUGAAGGGCUCCCGGACCGCCUGGAAGAUGACGCGGUUCUGGUCAUCAGCAACCCGGUGGAGGCACGCCUGCCCAGCGCGCAGAUCAGCGUCAAACUACUCAGAGAUAUAUUGGAGAAGCGAGCUCAAGCAGCCCGAAUUAUGCCUUCCACUAGACGUCCUAGCAUUAAAUGGACAACAACGACUCCAACAACGGCACCAAAUGGUCUGACGAACGAGAAUACAGAAAAGGUUGAAACUACAAAAAGUGUGGAAACAGCUGAGGAAACAACGACAAGUGGGGUAACGACAACAACGACAACUGUGAGUCCUGACGACUCCAAGGUGGACAAUAAUAAUCCAGACAAAACUGAUAAUAAUCCACAAAAAAAAGAUAAUGAUCCAGAUAAUAAUGGUAAUGAUCCAAAAACGAAAUAAACUGAAUUUCAUCUUA